GAGGCCUGGGCAGAGGCUCGACAGCAGUGCAAGCCGCAGCUCAGCGAGCACUCCAGGGCGCUCUGCCAGGGCCGCCUGGAGCGCGAGCUCCGCGAGGCCUUCGAGAGCUGCCGCGCCGCCGCCGCGGCCGCGCGCCCCGGCGGGGGCGCCGCGCCCCGCGCCGCGGAGGCCCUGAGCGUGCCGCGCUGCUGCCUGCCGCAGGUGCUGGAGGAGAUCGGGCUUCUGAGUGGCCGCAGGGGCGACGAGGAGGAGGUCUUCUGCGGCAAGCUGGGCCUCCUGCUGGACCGGGAGGAUAGCGGGCGCGUCGGCUUCGAAGGCCUGCGGGACUUCCUGGUGCAGGCGCUGCACCGCGACGGGUCGCAGGAGGAGGCGCUCCCAGGCCUGACCCUCGAGGAGGAGUGCUUCCGCCACCUCGAGCGCCGGCUCACCAGGUCCGUCAGCCGCCUGCUCGCCAACAGGCACCGGCGGCCCAGGGCCGACUCCGCCCGCGGCUCGCCGCCGCCGCUCGACCAGCGAGGAGGAG